CGCGCAAUGCUUCUCGACGGAAAUUAUUGCUCUUGGAAAGCCGGCACAUAACCGGUGCACACAACAGCUAGUCAGAUCCGAAGAAGAUUCGCGCCGUGCAUUUAGCCAGACGCUCCGAAAUUAUCUACAGUGCACAAAAGCGAGCUGGCGUUUCUCCUGUACUCUAAUUUGACUAUCUAAAAAGAAACGGAAGCGUUUUGCGCGGUUGGCAGUUGGUAUCGGAAAUCCUAACGAACGACAUUGACGGAGACCGCGUGAGUUCACGAUGGCGGCAGUCAUGGACUUUCAAGCUCAAGGCGACACGCAGAACGAUGCGGAACAAAGCAACAUGCAUUCACAUCAUAACGAUAUUAAAGCUAAUCAAGGUAAAGAACUGCAAAACCAACAGCAAUCUCAACGGGCGGAAGAUCACCAGCAGCAGCAUCAAGCUACUGCCGGUAUUCCCGGCAAGGAUGACGAGCGCAAACUCUUUAUCGGCGGACUGUCUCGUAAUACCACCGACAAGGAGCUGCGUGAUCAUUUCGGCAAGUUUGGCGAGAUCGAGAGUAUUUCCGUAAAGGUCGACCCUCACACUGGUAUUUCACGUGGGUUUGCGUUCAUGGUAUUCACCAACCCCAAGACCAUCGACAAGCUCCUCGCGUCUGGCGAGCAUUACAUCAAUAAGCGAAAGGUGGAUCCAAAAAGAGUCAGCAAGAAACCUCAGCAUGGUAAAAUCUUCGUGGGUGGUCUUACACCUGACAUUACGGAUGAAGAUAUUAAAAAUUAUUUUGGACAAUAUGGGACUAUUGUUGAGCUCCAAGCACCUUUUGACAAGGUCAAAAAUCAAAGAAAGGGUUUCUGCUUUAUCACGUUUGACUCUAAGGAAGUCGUAUAUAAGUUAUUGAAAACGCCUAAGCAGACCAUAAACGGUAAAGAGGUGGACGUGAAGAAGGUCAAGGUUAAUCCAGAUCCAAGAAAUCAAGGCUUUUGGAUGCCCGGUUACGGAUAUGGUUAUGGUGGUGGCUAUGGCUAUAUUCCUGAUUACAAUGGUUAUCACGGCGGAUAUGAUGAUAUGUAUGCAAACUACGAUUAUGCCGGAUACGAUGGCUACGAUAAUAUGGGAUAUGGACCCAAGCCGCGAGGAAACGGUCCAGGGCCGCGUCAAUUUCAAAGACAUCAACCAUAUUAAGUGAGAGAGAAAGAGGUACAUAACCAUCCUUUAAAUCGAUAUCAAAUUUGGUGAUAAUAUGACAGAUACAUAGCUCUAGUAAGAAUUAGAACAAUAUUUCAUCUACAAAUACAGUUUGAGACUGAAUCAGGGAUUUUUGGGAGAGAAAAGAAAAUAGAGUUGCAAACAGUUUGCUGUUUCAGCUUUAGAAAACUCCGAAUUUCCCAAGUUUAGUACAUCUGUUGUAACAACACUGAGGACUUUAUGUACAUCCAUUAAGUGGAAAUCAAUUGUUCUUUGAAGCAGAUGAUCAAUGUAAAAUGACGAAUUGCUGGAAAUCAUCUUUUUGUCUUUUUCUCUGUAAAAGCGUGCUUUUUACUGUACGAUGAUUUUUAUCGUGUAGAAUAUUUCGAGGGUAAAAUGCGCGUCUCGCAUUUUCUUCCACAGUAACAGAGCUACGAGCUAUAGAAGCGACAGAGAUAAUGACAUAAUCAUACAGAGCCUUUACCCAAUUUGAUGAACUUUGCUCUAUUUCUACAAAGUGGAGUAAAGCUUAUAUAUAAUGUGAAACGAUAGCAGCAUGAUACAAUACGAGAUGAGUGUAAAGUUUAUGGGAAAAGCUUCAAUUUCAAUUAUAUAUUAUAAUAUUAUUCAUUCGUGUCAGCCUUUAUUUGUUCUUUAUUCAUAAUUUGCAACGAUUAAUAUGUAUGUAUAUCUCAUAUAUUGGGUUGUUCGGAAAAUUUGUGCCAUAGUUCGAGAAGUUUGCUGAAAAAAAGUUUUAGAAAAAGAUCUAAUACUGUUCAAAUAAUCUGCAUAUUAAAAAAAUUCAUUUAUUAUAACGUUGAUUUGACUCUGAUUUACUUAUUUCCCAGAGUUUAAGUUUUGGUAAGAUGGCGUCCUCGUAAAAUUUCUUCUAUAAGUAUUAUGAAAUAAAAGUAUAUAUACCUGAAUAAAUAUAAAAAUAUAAUUUUUACAUCUUUUUUUUUUUAUUGUAAAAUUGAUGCAAACUUUUUGAACAACUCAAUACUUUGGCACUCUAUCUACUUUAAUCAAGUUCAACUAUCACCAGUACUUUAUCUUAGUACUCUCUUAUUUUUUAUUAGGAAUUUAAGUUUCAUUAUGCAAGUAUUUCUUUAUUAUACUCUUGGUGUUAUUUCUGAUACUAUAUAUGGAAAUUUGAUGAUAAGUAUGUAUUGUAUCUUUAAUUAUCAUUAUUGGAUAAUCUUGUUUUUUGCAACCGCAAUCCGGCUAUAUAACAUAUAAACAAAAAAUUGAUAUUAAAGGACCAACAGCUCGUUACUAGGAUGGAAAAAAUAUAUUUCUUCCUUAUUCAUCAGUCAUAUAACAGUCAAAUAACACUAUAUUACCUUAUUCUCUCUUGUUUAUAAUUUAGCGAUAAGACUUAAGCCAUAUAACAUUUGUACAUAUACGUCGUAUGUAUGUAUGUUCAAAGUACAUACAUACGUACAUGUAUGCAUGCGUAUAUCGCCUGAAAUAGAUUAGUAUUUAAAAAAAAUAUUAAAAAAAGUAAAAAAAAAUAGAAAAAGGGAUAUAAUUAAAAUAUGAAUGUCCUGGGUAUAUGCAUGAAGUGCACACAAACGAUGAAUCUAGCUGAAAUACUGUGGAUGAAACAAUAUACCUGUAGUAACAAGGAAAGAAAAACAUUGCAGUAUAAUCAUAGUUCACACAAUAUUUACGCAGCAUCUUAUCAUACUGUCAACAUCCUGAACGUGUCAUUGUAAAAUAUGUAUUGCCAUAGUUAAUCGUCUGGCAACUAAUUUAAAUUCAAUGAGAUAGAUGAAAUCUGUCUCGAAGCAAAGUUCUAUUACUAAGUAAAGACGAUUUACAUUUCGUCUGUAUGUUCGCUCUGUAUAAAAAAGGAAAGAUACGAAUAUGACGAAAAUAAUGGUUAUGUAUUUCAAAUUCAAUGGAAAAAAGCGCAUAAAACUGAUUGACGUACUCUAUUUCAUGAGUGAGAGAAUGACCUCGAUUAUCAACCGUCAGAUUAUAUCAGCAAAAUCUUUCGUAGUCAGUUAUAUGUAUAUGUUUUCGGGCAUAAUGAAAAUUUUAUAAAAAUGCAGAAAUUUGUUAAGAGAACGCCUAGAAAAUUUGUAAUAGUAUCGCCUCUGUUUUCUACUUUGAAAUAAUAUACAAAUAUUAUCAUAUUUCGAUUCGAUUCGAUUCGAUCGGACAUCCUUUAUAAUCGUGAUCUGAUGAUAAACAGUUUUGAGAAUCGCGAUAUAAUUCAGAGAAAUGUAGGCUCUCAAAUUCACCAGCGAUAGUUUUCACAAAUUGAAAUUAAAUAAAUUUGUGGGUAGGAGAGUUAUAAGUUCUAAGAAACUUAUUUAGCAAAAAUCUCCGACCUAAUAAUACAUUUUGUUCCAGGAAAUCGUUCAUCUCUCGUUUCGCAAUUUAGAUCGCAAGCUUUCACAGUAACAUCACGUGAUAAACAGUGAUGAAUUCAUUCCAAUACAUUAAUAUCGACGCAAAUUUAUGAAAUUGUGCACAUGAGCUUACUGAGUUAAAGAAACGCUCCUUCUAUUAGCCAUAUGUAUCGGCUGCUGAAUGUUACAUUAGGCAACUUCUAUUUUCGUCUCGCUUUACUCGGAGUAAUCGGAAUGUUUAAGACGGCAAACGAUCACAGGUGAUAAACAGUCUAGGCUAUUUUAACAUUUCUUUCGCAUUUCUAUCGAAUAGCAGUUCCUGUUCAUCGAGUACGAAGACUGCUCUUUAUAUCGCGAAAAGACUGUUAAUAAGUGAUGAUACAGGCUCUAGAAAAUCUUAACAAUUAAUAGAACUUGCGAUUUCGACUCCUGAUAUGAAAGAACAAAGUAAUAAAGAAAAGUAACAUAAUUGGGGAGUUGGAUACAAUAACAUCAUUAGAUUUUUCCUUAUACUAUAAACUUGAAUAUGUGUAAUAAUAAGUAAAAUUUAUUCCUUCGUUUGCUCUUCCCUUUCAAAUUAUUGAAAUUUUUUAAGCUUUAAGCUUCUUUUUCUUAGAACUAUGUAAAGCUAUUUAUGCUGUUUUUGCAUCCAACUCUUUAGUUGUAGAGAAUGUAGAUAAGAUAUAAUGGGACUACAUUUAGAUACAUCGAAAUUAUAUUGUAUACAAGGCUGAAAAAGCUUUAAACAUUCAAAAAAGUUUUUCUCAGACGUCGCAAAGGCAUCAACGGUUUGGCUUAAUGCGAUUGAGCGAAAGUUAAUGUGAAAUAAUUCUCUUUGAGACAUCUUUAAGCCAAGCUAACUAAUGUCUUUGAAAUUAAAUCUGUAUACUGUGUAUACCAUAUAUUUGCUGCGUGUGAAAAUAUAUAUUGAAAACAGAGAAAACAGAGAAUGAAAAAAAAAAUUAAAGGAAACGAUACAGAUAUUUUGUUACUAUUAAUUACUAUUCGCCUGUUUCACCCAUGACACAGUGUAUAUUUUAAUUAUAGCAAAAAAAUAAACUCUAAUUAUUUCAAAUA